AUGUUUGCGAUGCGUCUCAAAUUAGGAUCCGAUCGCAACAAAGAAUGGACCUGCUGCUUUUGCAUGCACGUUCGCACGGCUACCAUACUGUUCGGAGUAUGGCAGUUGGUGCUCCACGUUCUGGCCCUCACCGUGCUGGCUCUGAUGAUGAGAAACCACCACGUCGUGGUACAGAAGCACGAAGACCUCCAAACCGAUUUCCUACCUACUCCUUUGAGUAAGAAAGAUGAUGAUAAUCCUUACUAUUUGCCCACUACGCAGGACAGUCGCAAAAUUUAUUCCUCCGAUGUGGAUAUGGGAGCUCUGAUGACGGUGUGUACACUAUCGAUGACCCUUUUAAUGGUGUACGGGGUGAUUAAAGGGAAGCCUACUCACAUUUUGCCGUUUUUCUGCUUGCAAUUGUUCGAUUUUGCCAUUACCGCACUGACAGCUACAGGAUACUUUUGUUAUCUGAGAUCUGCUCAUCGAUUGGUCGCAGAAAAUUGGAACUUACCCCUUCGUCAUGAGCUGCUUCAACUCAGUCCACAAGUGCUUACAUUGAUCGUACUACUGGCAUUCUUAUUUUCCAUGUUAUGGAAAGCUUAUUGGAUUAGCGUUAUUUGGCGUUGCUACAAGUACCUGAAUAUCCGUCAGCAUUCCAACGGCAACGCUAUCCACUACAUAAUACCCGAAACGGAGCACCGUGGACUCACCGAGGCCGAUUACCCGUCGUUAUUCCGCGACCAAGAAGCCGCUUUCGCCGGACUCAAGCAAACCCCUCCGCCAUCUUACCAGGAUAUUAUGGACGAACAACCGCCGCCUUACCAAAGCACCACUCAAGUCGUCCAGGAAACGCCCAACAGAUUCAGGAUGUUUGUGCAAGAUUCGAUCGAUCAUCCGAUACCGAGUACAUCAGCUGAAGCUUCUCGUAUGACCCCGAUUCCCGAAUCAGAAGCUGCUCCUUUGAAUGAAACGGUCGCCAAGCAACCGGAAUCUGUUCAAGAAGCUACAGAAGAAAUUGCCGUUGCUAUUGUCGAGCCGAAGCAGGAGGAAAAUGAAGCGGAUGAAACAGGAGGAUUUGUAACUUUAGCCGGGAAAUCGACGGAAGGACCAGAAGGGAAGGACACUUGA